GUCACCGGCAAUUACAAUCAGGCCUGCUACAGCGACUAUAAAUCAAUCGUGGUCGCCAUCGCGGAUGGUGGCGAACCGGACGCAGAACACAUUCGCGAUAUCUUGCUGGCUAAUGAUAAAACGGUCGAAGACCUGCAGGAUGAUGUCAAGUUGUUGAUAGAACGUCGAGAACUGCGGAAACAGUACGACGCUCUGCCCGAACUUCAUCAGCGGAAAGCCGAGAACGAGCAAAAAAUCGCUGAGGUUGAUCAAGAACUCGAAGCAGCGAAACAGCGUCACCAUGAACAGACUGCACCGUUCUACAAUCGACUGUACGAUAUCAACCAUGCGAUCAAACUAGGUCUGCAAGCCGAACAGCAGUUAUUCCAAACCUGCAAUGACGAAGAAUUGUUGACUGAGCUGGAACAGCUCGGCGAGGAAGAGCACCGUGAACAUGAGCGUCAGCGGAAACUCGACGGAGAUAUUCGUGAGUUGCGCAGAGACGCUGAGUCGUGCCGCCAGGAGAGUUCCAGGACAAACUUGCGUUCGCGUCAAAAUGAACUGUUGGCGGAGGCCAAGUCUCUUGAUGUGCAGCAUCGCAAGCUCGAACGUGAGUUGACUAAGGCGAAAUCCAAGAAGUGGUGGGGUCGCUACAAAGAUGAAAACGGAAGCGAGAAGCGUGUUCCGUUGGCAGCUGAUAAGAAAGCGGCGCAGGCGAUGCUCAACGAGAUCGUUAAGAAAGUGGAGUAUCGUAAGGUGGAAUCACUUCUGGCAACGUUUCGCGAUGGCGGCAUCAGUACUCAGACCAGCAACCAUUACCUGAGAGCGAUCAAACAGUUCACUCGCUGGAUGGUGAAAGAUCGACGUUCUGCGGAAGAUCCGAUUGCGUUUGUGGCGAUGCUGAAUGUGCGUACUGAUCGUCGUCACGAUCGCAGGCCCUUGACGGAAACAGAGCUUCGGUUACUCAUUCAGGCUGCCAUGAAUGGACAAGUCGAGUUCAAGAUGUCGGGGGCUGAUCGAGCGAUGCUAUACGCCACGGCGGCUUACACAGGUCUUCGAGCCAAUGAGUUGGCCAGUCUGAAUCCGGAGAGUUUUCAGUUGGAUGCUCAACCGCCAACUGUCACUGUUUUGGCUGCCUAUUCCAAGCAUCGCCGCCAGGAUGUGUUGCCGCUGCAUCCGAGUCUAGUUGUGAUGCUCCGGCCCUGGUUGUCCGAAAAGCAGAAACGCAAAUCUGUCUGGUCCGGAAACUGGGCAAAGAGAAAAUAUGGUGGCAAGAUGCUGAAACGUGAUCUGAAAUCGGCUGGCAUUCCGUAUGUUGAUGAGAAUGGACUAUACGCAGACUUCCAUGCACUGCGGCACACAUUUAUCACCAACAUGGUGAAGUCGGGCGUCAAUCCGAAAACUGCGCAGGCAUUAGCCCGGCAUUCAACGAUCGACCUGACGAUGAAUGUCUACACCUCUUUGACCGUCAGCGAUCAGGCUUCCGCGCUGGCCAAUCUUCCCGCUGUUCCCUCUCUGAAUGCACCGGUUUCUCAGACCGGAUCGGGCAAAGUUUCGUCCUGA